GUUUUCUAACUUGUUAAUAUAGAAUGACUUAUGGGCAACCAUUAAGAAGUAAUAAAAAAAUUACACAAAUUGUUCCAAGUGAAUUUGAACAUUGGAUAGAAACAAAUGGUGGAGAACAGAAUUUAAAAGAGGAGGAAUCAACGAAUCAAAAAAAGAACGAAUUAAAAAAGACAACGACAGCGGCAACGAUAGCGGUAACGACAGCAACAACGACAGCGGCAACGACAGCGGCAACGACAACUACUACAGCAGCGACAACGACAACUACUACAGCAGCGACAACGACAACUACUACAGCAGCAGAAAAGCCUUCAUUAAAAAAGUCUUCUUCUUCUUCUUGGUUAACUGGACUAUUUCAUAAAAAAUCAUUAUCUAAAAAAUCAUCUACAGAAUCACUUCUACCUGAGGAACCAACAUUGAUACCCACUUUACCUAAAAGAUAUCCUUUACCAAUAGAAAGAAUGAUUUGUGAAUUGUCUUUUAUGAAAUUAUCAGAUUAUAAACGACCAUUAAGAGAACAAGUUUUAAUUUCAAAUAUCUUAAUUUCCUAUACAGCAAGAAUGCAAUACCAACAACAACAACAACACUACUACUACAUGACUGCUAAUACUGAAUUUCAAUCAUACAAGUCAACUGCAGCACCAUUAUAUACUUAUUAUUAUUCUAAUAAUAACAAUAAUAAUAAUCCACCUUAUAUACCACCAAGAUCUAUUUCAUAUAACCAUGUCGCUGUCAAGAACUGAAAAGAAAAAAAAAUUCUUUAAUAAAACAAUGGUUUCAGACAUGUAAUUUUCUAAAAAUAAUUUUUAUUUGUUUAAAUUUAGAAAAUACCAGAUUUUACAUAGUAAUUAAAAUACGCGUAUAUAUACAAAGUUGCAUAGUAAGCGCAUAGAUGUGACACUAUAAAGCAUAAUUGUUGUUGUUAUACAACACUAUUUUUUUUUUUAAAAAGCCAAUCACAAGUAAUUUUCACUGUUGUAAUAAGCAGUAUUUAAGAAUUCUUUUUAUAGAUUUGUAU